CUCACUCACACACAGAAAAAGACAGAAAGACAGAAGCAACUCUCGCGGCUGCAGAGAAAUUCAUUCAUCUCAUUGAACUUUAUUAAUUGCGUUGGCCCAGGCACAGACAUCUAGUUAUUUCAUUCGAUCGGGUCGCAGAGUGACCCACUGGUGUGGCAUUUGUUUUGAUUCUGACAUCCCGUGCGUGUCGUGUACCCCCCACCAUAAAUAUGUGAAUUUUAGUGGAAAUUUUGUGUGACGCGGCCAUAUUUGACGAAGUUUUGUGUUUGGAUGUGGAUGUGGGGCGAGCUGCGGAAAUUAUAUAAAAAUUGAGCGCAGCAUAACCCUAGAGAUCUACCACACACGAAAUGAUGGACCGCAAGAAAGCCUUGGAACUGGACAAGAUCUGCCGUCUGUGCAUCUCGGAGCGCAAGGAGAUGCGCCCGCUGUUCAGCGAGAAGGUGCCCGAGAUGCUGAUGGACAUCACCAACGUGCAUGUGGAGCCCACCGAGGGCUGGCCGGACAAGAUCUGCGUGCAGUGCGUCCACGCCGUCAGCCGGAAUCAUGCCUUCAAGACGCUCGUCGAGCGCAGCGACAAGGAGCUGCGCGAGUACAUCAAUGGCCUGACCGUCCGCCUCGUAGCGGAGGAGCAGACGGCGGCGGCCAAACAGCAGGCGCUAGAGCGCAAACAGCAAAAGCAGUUCCAAAAGCAGCAGCGGCUCCUCGAGGAGCAGAUGCAACAGCAGCAGCACCAGCAACAGAUCCUCCAGCAGCAGCACCAACAACAGCCUGCCCCGGCGGCCAAGCCCAAGCUAAAGCCUUUGCUGAGAAAAGGAUCGCGGCAGCACAAGCAGCGGCAUCUGGAGGCUGCCCCAGCCCCACAGCCAGCCCAGCCCCCUCCGCCGCAGCAGCAGCAGCAGGUGCAGCUCCUGCCGGAACCUACGCAACAGCAGCAACAACCGCAGACCCUGCAGCAACAGAUCCAGCAGCUGCAGCUGCCCACCCUUCAGCCCGCUCCCGCCCAGCUCCUGUCCACGGCCGCUGCCACUACGACGCUGCCGCAGCAGAUCCUGCUGCCCAACGGCCAGUUCAUCACGACGGCCCAGAUCGUAGCUCCGCAGCUGGCGCAGAUUAUCAGUACGGCGCCGCAGGCUACGGCAAACGGGGCAGCCACCGCCGGCCAGUCCCAGUUCCUUCCCCAACUCUUGCAGACGCCGGGCGGGCAGACGCUACAGAUUGUCCAGCAGCCCAACGGCACACAAACCCUGCAACUGGUUCAACUGGUGCCCCAGAGGACGCUGGCGCCCACCGGAGUGUCGGCAGUUACUACAACCACGACGACAUCAGCCACGGACAUGGGACACGGCCACCAUGGCGGCGUUUCUCUCGCGGAUGCGGAUGUCCAACUGCUGGAGGAUGGCUGCGAGGUGGAGGACGAGGACUUGGACGAGGUGUAUGAUCAGCUGGACAGCAAAGGGGACCACAGCUUCGAGACCAUUGUGCUAGACGAUGACCAGCAGCAGGAUUUCCUAAAGGACCACCAUCAGCAGCAGCAACAGCAUCAUCACCACCAGGUGCUGAUCGACGAGGAUCUCACGCAGAGCGAGAGCCAGGAACACGAGUACUUUGACGACUUGGAGGACCACCAAGAGGCGAUGGACGAUGUGGAUGGCGACAUGGAGGAGCAGCUGAAACAUGAGGAGGAGGAGGAGUUCAUCAUCGAGGAAAUCCAGCUGGAGGACGACGAAAUGCUAGAGGAUCCCGAUGCAGAGGCCAUCAGCCCCUCGGACUGCGAAUACAUCACGGACGACCACCAACCGCAUCUGUCCGGCGACGUGGACGACGUGGAUGACGUGGACGAUGCCGACCUGCAAUACGCCAUUAUGGAGCCGCCGGACGGCGAUACGAGUGCCGAGAUAGACCAGGCCUUCCUUGAGCAUGAGCAGGCACAGGCGCACCAUCAGCAGCAGGAAGAGCUGCAGAGCAUAUCGCUGGAGAACGCGGUGGUGGAGUUUAGCCAGGCGACGGCGGACGCCAUGGGGCCGCCCACCCUGAGCGUUAGCUCGCCGAGUCCCACGCCCAAGCGGGCCAAGCGCGCUCACCAAGCAGCUACAUCAGCCGCCUCCGCUGGAGUCACCCUCGAGCCCUGUGACCAUCAGCCACCCACAACUGGACAUUCGACCAUUAGCAGUAAGCUGGCGGCAGCCAAUUCCCGUCAACUGGUGCAGACGGCGAGUGUUAUUGCCGCCGCUGGAGCGGAUGACAACUACGAGAUCGACGCCAAUCUGGUAACGGAGUUCAUACGACAGCACACAUCGCCGCUGGGGUCGGGCAGGUACGUGUGCCACCUGUGCAGCACCGAGUUCCGGCAGUUCAAGGGCCUGCAGAACCACAUGCAUUCGCACACCAACUGGAUUCGCGCCAACUGCAAGAAGCAGCCGCAGUGCGAGAUCUGCCUGAAAAGCUUCAAGGGCCCCGGCAUGCUGCGCAUGCACAUGAAGACGCACGACGCCGAGUCGAGCACGCCAGUCUGCACCAUCUGCAAUCGCACGUUCAAGUCGAAGGCGAUUCUGUACAGGCACCGGCAGACGCACCAGCAGCGAGCCUACUGCUGCGGCGUGGCCAACUGCCGGAAGAACUUCUCGUCGGCGGCGAACCUUAAGUGGCAUGUGGAGCGCAAGCAUCCAGAGGUGGUGGAGCCACUGUUCAAGUGCGGCGAGUGUGGAUCCUUGUACGAGAGCGUCGAUGCCCUGCAAAUGCACGUGGAGACGACGGAUCACACGACGGACGUGCAGGUGGUGGGCGCCGGGCAGCCGGACGACGAUGGCUUCAGCGGUGCGGUGAGCAUCGUGAGCAAUGGCACCGACAUGACCAGUCUAAUGGCUGGCCAGGGUAGUACGACUCUAACGGGAGCCACUGGCUCCGCCGGCGACACACAUGCCGUGGUGGUGGGCUCCUCCGGGGAGGUGUACUUUGUGACGCAGGCGUAGCCAGCGGAGUACGCCGGAGCAGUGGCUCCCGGCGAGUGCCUGCUCGGCAUCUAGAUGACCACUUAGCUGUAAUAUAUAUACAUAUAUAUAUUUUUGUACUAGCAAUUAGCACAACUUCACAAACAAAAUAUUGCAAUCCUAGAUUUUUGUCGUAGAUCUUGUCUAGUAAGUAGCUCGUCUAGGCUAAGAUUCACUCGAAUUUUGUAAGCAAAUAUGCGAAACCUUGGGUAGAGGGCCGUUCAGAUCAGGAGGAUCUAGGGAUCCCUCGACGCGAACGCCUAGCUAAUGAAUGUAUAAAAUCCUGCGGGGACUGUGUGCCAGUUUUUUGUUUUUAUUAUUUUAUUAUUAUUUUUCAAGGAGUGCCCACAAACAAUUUGUACUCCUUUGAAGUCUCUUUGAAAAGAAGGUUUCUAAAAGCAGGAGAUACAUUAUCUUGUGUAACAUUCUAGGACUUAUGAAUUACCUUGCCUGCUUUUGGAUCCCAAUUUUUAUGUUUUUCGUUUGAAGAAAAACCAUUUUCGUGGGCACGUCUCCUUUUUUAGCGGGAAAUUACCAGACUGGCAUAUAUUUUAGGCUAAAACUAUAAACGUAUUUCGGCUUUCGGUUAUAAUUGUUGGGCUUUGAAAACUUGUAAAAUAAGUGGAAGAAAACUGUUUUAACUGCAAACAAAAUAAAUUAACAAAACCUCUUAUAAAAUCCACAAAAUGACUUUCUCUGUGCAU